AAAAGCCACGAAAAAAACAGACGCAUGGCGGACAGAAUUCAAUUGUAAACCAAAAAAUUAAAUAAGUUUAACUAAACAUCAAAACCACAUUUUAGCACCUACUAACAAAAAGGUCAAGAUCGGAGCGAAACAGUACAAGUUCCCAGAGGAGAUGGCUACUUUCUCUGAUGCCAAGAAAAUUUGCGAACAGGACCAGAUGGAGAUAGCUUCUUUAGACAGCCCGAUCGAAGCUGAAAACAUUUCAAAUUAUUUGCAGUAUAUUGGUAACAUAAAUUAAACUGCAUGUAUUGUUCUCUUUUUUCACAACUUGUGUCUGUAGAUUUGCUCGAUAGCCCGGUUUUCUCGUCUUUCUCAUCUCUAAUUUCGGAAGGAGCAAAAUUGUUAUCGGAUUGGGGAUCUGGCACUCCUCCUGGAGGUCCGGGAAAUUGCCUUGUGCAACAGAAGAAUAAAUUUUUCAACGCCUCGUGCGAUUCUAAAAACCAUUUUGUUUGCGAAAAUCCGAAGGAGGAUGAUGCAUCAACUAUGGGUUUGGACUCUUUGACUUCAAUUGAAGAUGCUGUUCUGAACUUCGUUGGGGGAAAAAACUUAAUAGUUCCCGAGAACCGUGCUACGAUUCCCGAGGCUACAACCAUUUGCAAAGACAAUGGUCUGGAGCUUAUGUCUCUCGGCUCGAUCGCUGAGCUCGACCCAGUUAAGGAUUUUCUCGGAGACAUUGGCCUGUCAGCAACCACGUUCUUGACCUCGAUGGAAAAGGUCACCGACGGGGGCACCGAUUGGCUGGGAGAUUUGGCCUCUGCGCUUCUCCCACCCAAAGACCCGUCAAAAGACGGCGACUGUCUUGGUCUUAGCGCUCUGGGUCUCGAAGGAAUAUCGUGCGAUAUGGUUUCCAACUUUGUUUGCGAGGUGCCUGAUCCUCCAGGAACGAAAACCACCGUCAAAGCUACAACUACGAAGAAAAGAGCGAUUACUCCUGUGACAACCAUUAAGCGAACUUCUCCAACCACUCCAGUUCCUACACUGUCAAUUGGAACAACCACUAGAACGACAUCAUCUACAAGCAUUCUAACUACUACAACAGCAACAACUAUUAUAACUUCUUUACCAACAACCACUACAACCACAACACCCACUACGACUUCAAAAUCUACAACCACUACUUCAAAAACCACUACUACAACUACUACCACGACAACAACAACCAUGACGACGACGACAACAACAACAACUACUACUACUACUACUACUACUACUACUACCACCACUCCUCUUCCAUGUCUUCUGGAUUGUGCAGAUUUCAACAACUACUUGGUGAAUCCAACAUCAAUGCCAAACACAGCCGAUGGCUCAGUAAAAGUUCCACUAAAGUGCACAAAUAGGAAAUAUUACGUUUCAAACGUUAAUGUGCCGAGAAACGAGGCCGGAUUGCGAUGCAAGGCGAUGAACAUGACUCUCCUGGCCGUAACUUCUCUCGAGGAGUCUGACUGCUUGGCAAGCUUGAGCGCCGGAACUUAUUGGACGAGUGGCUCGAACGUGGAUCCGCUUUGUGCGCCGUUGAGUCAGUACUCGUGGUGUUCGACGGGCUACAACAUGUCUCCCACGUUGAUUUCCUCGAAUAAAUUCUGGCUUUCGACAACGGUAGCACCAACCCCUGCAGAACACUGUUUGGCAUUCGCCAUUUCUGCCACUUCUGUCAAUGGCUUGGUGCACAAAUACUGCAAUGAGAGCCUGCCGUUUAUCUGCCAGUACACCGUUGAGUGUCCUAGCAGCGACGUUUGCAUCAAAAAGAUGACUUGGUUGGAGAACUACGCGCAUUGUUGCGCUUUGGGAAUGGAGGCGAUCAAUUUGGAUAAUCUGGCUGAGCAGAACGCCCUGACUAGUUUUACAAAAAGUGAUUUCUUGAUUUUGGAGAUUUCAUUUUAA